GUUCCUGGCUGUGAUCGGAGAGAUUGAAGGGAAGGGGCCGGGCCCAUAGCGGGGAAAUGGCGAGUAUGGUUCACGAAGACGGGCGUGGAGGGGCUACAGAGAACUCCGAGCCGCAGGGACCGGGCCGGGGCGCGGUGAGGUGGGGUCCACAGCACGCCGGUGCUCAAGAACUAGCCAACUUGUACUCGCCGGGCAAAAGGCUUCAGGAAUGGAUCAGCGUCGUGCUUUGCUUCUCUCUUAUGGCCUUCAACUUCAUUCACCUUCUUGCCAAUUUCCAUUUGGGACACUCGUGGUCCAUCCUGCUGGCCAUUGUCGCAGGAAUACUCACUGCCGACUUUGCAUCCGGAAUGGUUCAUUGGGGGGCUGACACGUGGGGAUCUGUUGACCUGCCCAUCUUUGGAAAGGCUUUCAUACGCCCCUUCAGGGAGCACCACAUCGACCCCACGGCCAUCACGCGCCAUGACUUCAUCGAGACCAAUGGGGAUAACUGCAUGCUGACUCUUCUCCCUCUUGCAAACAUGGCCUUCAACUUUCUCACCCUCUCCCCUGCUGAGAUUUACCAUAACUACCCGUGGUACUGCUACUUGUUUGCACUGGCCAUUUUCGUGACUCUGACCAAUCAGAUUCAUAAGUGGUCUCACACGUACUUCGGCCUUCCCCGCUGGGUGGUGUUCCUGCAGGACUGCCAAAUCAUCCUGCCCCGCAAGCACCACCGCAUCCAUCAUGUCUCCCCUCAUGAGACGUACUUCUGCAUCACCACUGGCGUGAAAGUUCCCCGCAAUUUCCGUCUGCUGGAGGAGCUGGAGGAAGGACAGAAAGGUGUGGGUGACGGAACAGUGAGCUGGGGCCUGGAGGAUGACGAGGACAUGACCUUAACGCGGUGGAGAGGGGUGAUCCUAGGUCCUCCAAGGACGAGCUAUGAAAACAGGAUGUACAAUCUGAAGGUUGAAUGUGGGCCCGGUUACCCAGAGUCUCCACCGUUUGUCAGAUUUGUGACAAAGAUAAACUUGAAUGGUGUGCACAACUCCAAUGGUGUGGUUGACAUGCAUGCAGUGACUGCUCUGGCCAAGUGGCAGAACUCCUACAGUAUCCGCAUGGUGCUGCUGGAGCUCAGGCGGCUCAUGACCUGCAAGGAGAACAUGAAACUUCCUCAGCCGCCAGAGGGCCAGAUCUACACCAACUGAAAAACUGUUGCUGUUUUUGCCUCUACUUUUUUCUCUUCUUCCUUCCGUCUGACUAUCCUUCCUCUGUGUUUUCGCUAUCAUCCCUUUCAUUUGCGACACUCCACUUCUCACCAUCAGACAUAGCUGAAGACCAGUACAGUCAGACCUACAUUUACAUACACACUCAUCCGCAUGCACACACACACACACACACACACACACAUUCCAUGGUGGCCAUUCCAGUUCCUGCCCCCUCCUCUUUUUCAUCUGUGGCCCUCUGUGGACUCACUCUAGAGAUGAUCAUUUGAAAUCUGUACAUCUUUUUACUUUUUGUUUGUUCAAAAAUGCGGAUUGUACAUUAACAUAAAUAAUCUUACUGAGUGUU